AUGUGAAGCUCUGCUCUGGGUCUGUGAUCUGCUGUGAGGAGUCCUGUGGUGGCUUUAAGGCUCAUGGAGGAUCUUCUGUUCCUAGGACAGCAGUCCUUGCAACCUCCUAGAGAGUCUGUCAAGGCACAACUUAAAAGCUCGUUCAGGCGACCAUGACCCCCUGCUAGCAGAUUGUCUGCCUAAAAGGUCAGUCAGCAAUGGCUGCAGCAGAAAUUCCCAGUUACAUUGUCUCCUCUCAGACUGAGAAACACAGGAGGGCCAGGAACUGGACUGAUGCAGAAAUGAGAGGUUUAAUGCUGGUUUGGGAAGAAUUUUUUGAUGAGCUGAAACAAACUAAAAGGAAUGCCAAAGUUUAUGAGAAAAUGGCUAACAAACUCUUUGAAAUGACUGGAGAAAUUCGCCACGGAGAGGAAAUAAAGAUAAAAAUUACAAAUAUGACAUUCCAGUACAGGAAAUUAAAAUGCAUGACUGACAGUGAAACUGUGGCACCUGACUGGCCUUACUACAAAACCAUUGAUAGGAUCUUAUCCAAAGUGACAGACCACAGCGAUGUGAAAAUGCAUGAAAAUCAGCAGCCAGGUCCUUCUACAUCUCAGACUGAGGCCUCGCAGUCUCCAUCAGCCAAGUCUACACCCCUGUACUUGCCAUAUAACCAGUUUACAUAUGAAGGAAGGGAAGAAUGCUUUGAAGAUGAACAUUCAGAGAGCUCAUCAAGCUUGCUUUCUUACAAGCUGAGAGCUGAAGAAAGACCAGUUAAGAAAAGAAAAAUGCAAAACUGCAGUUUCCAAAAGAAGAAGCUAAAAUUAAUGGAAGCCAUGUUGGAAGAACAAAAGAAGUUGAGUAGAGCUAUGGAAGAAACCUGUAGGGAAGUGCGCAGGAUCCUGGAUCAGCAGAACAUCAUUCAAGUUCAAAGCUUACAGUUACAGGAGAGAAUGAUGAAUCUACUGGAGAAAAUGAUCUCCAAGUCUAAUGUGUAGUUUCCUUUGUGAAUGCCUCUGAGAUAACUAUUGCUAUUAUAGAUUACCAUUUAUUGCACACCAUAUGUGUGUCUGUUGCCCUAUUCCCAGGUUUUCCAUGGAAAUUAAAACCCUAGUGUAAUCCUAGUUCAGCAAAGAAAACAUAAUGCAGGGUGAGAGCUAUCCAGUAUGAUAAAAUUAGUGCAAUAUAUGCCUAAGCUGAAUUAUUUUUAUACAGAAAGGUUAAGGGAUAAAUAGCUCGGGGAACUGAAGUACUAUUUAUGCCUAAGUCAGGUAUUGUUUUGCAAACAGUGGUGUUGUAUAUUGCUUCACAUCAAGGACUGCAGCUUAAUCUGUUUUAGGAGAAUGAAAUAGUGCAUUUCUAAACAUGGUUAUUGCACCUUGACUUUGCUGAUGAUUAAACCCUGUUUUGAAACGUAUGCCUGAUUGUAUAAGUGACCUAUGGUUCUUGUGAAGAGCUAGUUAGGACCAUGACAUACAUAAUUUUAAACUCCAUGCCUGAUAUGAAUAGUACUCUAAAGUAUGAGGGUAAAAAUAGUCUAUUCAAAUACAAUUUUUGAUAUAAAAACACCCCCAACCACCUUCCUAUAUACUGAAUACUAAAAUGUAUAGAAGAUACUUGAAGUUGCUUUUGAUAUUAAACAUUUGAAUUUUUUUCAUUAUUAACUGGAAUCUGUUGACUUAACGAACAACCAGCAAUGAAAACUUUCAUUUAUUCUCUAUCACAAAAGAAAAGUAUUGUACUGUGUGUAUAUACAUAUAUUUAAUGUCUAUCAAAUGAAAUAAAGAAAAAGAAGCAACUUCCUGCUUAUUGCUGGGCAGAUAGGGUGCUUUGGGACAGCAAAGAGACUGGGAAUGAUGAGCACAGUGAGAGGUUCACAGUCACUGCUGGCCGGGCGAAGAUCCGCGGUGCUGGUGCCCAGAUGGACAGGGAUGCACCACACGAGGGAGCCGCAGGCACGGAGGAUGGUACCCAGCGAGCUGAGAUGCAGCACCAGCUCGGGAUGGCUCCUCCAUAAAACGUGACAUUUAAAUAAUCUUUCACUUGAA